AUGGCACGAAUCACGACAUCGCUGCUCCUCGCAGCGCGGAACGAGGAAGGCGAAUACAUAGCCAAGGCGUCGCACGAGAUAGCGCGGAUUCCACCACAGGGAUUCGGGCUCGCAAUCCAGAUCACAGUCUACGUACUGGCGGUUCUCUGCACGAUUCUCAUCUGCUUGAGAGUGUAUGCUCGAUCGUUCCUGGUCGGGAGGAAUUUAAUGCAGAUGGGUUGGGACGAUUAUCUAGCUAUCGCUGGCUACAUUCCCUUUAUCCCCUCUGGCGUUUUUGCCAUCAUUGGCGUACAGUAUGGUCUUGGCGCGUGGGAUUGGCAGAUCCCCGAAGGCCAGCUUGAACUGUACCAGGCGCGGACCAAGGAGAACAUGGUGUAUUUCGAACUCAUCUACUUUGGCGCCUCGCUCAUGACCAAGCUGUCCAUGGCCCUCAUGAUUCUUCGCCUGAGCACCGAGAAGAAAUACUCGUACAUUAUCUGGGGCAGUCUCGCCAUGAUGGGCGCUAUUGCUGUGGGAUGCCUGGGUGUUAUGUUUGGAAACUGUCAGCCCUUCCAGGCCACGUGGAACGAGAAGCUUGGCCACUGUCACUGGCCCAACUCGCAGGGAUGGGUCAACUUGAGCUACUUCGGUGCUGCCGGCCUGGCCGCUGUUGACUGGACCUGUGCCAUCACGCCCUUCUUCAUUCUCCAGGGUCUUCAGAUGCCGCCGCGCAGGAAGAUAUCGGUACAGAUCAUUCUUGGGCUUGGCCUGAUUGGAAGUGUAGCCGGUGUUGUGCGCAUCCCGUUCUUUGCGUACUACGAUACAGAGAAGUAUCCCGACAACACCUUAUACUUUUUCGGGCACACUAUCAUCUGGACCAUUUACGAGGCGGGCCUGGGCAUCAUGGCAUGCUCUCUGCCUCCUUUGCGGGCGCUGUUCUCGAAGUUCUACCACGGCUCUUCAGGGCCCAUCUCCAAGAACCCAGGAGAUGGAGCCGGUCGAAUGGGAGUGAGUGCUUUUCCUAUAUUUUCAUAUCUCUUGCUCUCACCAGCCGGCCCCGCUAUCAGGGCCCGAACUGCAUCCCCGACUAACGUGUUCCCAACCACAUCUAGAGCUCCCACUUAGGCAAUCACGGUGCCUCCAGUGGCCACAACAGCAGAAGCGAUCCGAUGCGCAGCAAGGGCAGCACAUGGGACCGGCUGGACGACGACGACGACGAUGGGCUCGCGUACAAUGACGGCGCGAGCACGCAGGGGAUUGUGCGGCUCACCGAGAUCCGCGUCGACACGACCUAUGCGUCGGCAUCACGGGAUAAUAAGGGCAGUCAAGCACAUACUGUGAAUGCUCGGGCGAUAUGAUUGAUGCCACAGAGCAUAUUUGUGGCGGGAUGGGAGGACAUCGAUGUCUUGGAUACCCGACUCCUAUUCGAAAAGCAG